GUCAUUUUCGGAUGUGACGGCUGAGACAUGAGAUCUUCGGCCUCCAGGCUCUCCAGUUUUUCCUCGAGAGAUUCACUAUGGAAUCGGAUGCCGGACCAGAUCUCCGUCUCCGAGUUCAUCGCCGAGACCACCGAGGACUACAACUCGCCCACCACGUCCAGCUUCACCACGCGGCUGCACAACUGCAGGAACACCGUCACGCUGCUGGAGGAGGCUCUAGACCAAGAUAGAACAGCCUUACAGAAAGUGAAGAAAUCUGUCAAAGCAAUAUAUAAUUCUGGCCAAGACCAUGUACAAAAUGAAGAAAACUAUGCACAAGUUCUUGAUAAAUUUGGGAGUAAUUUUUUAAGUCGGGACAACCCCGAUCUUGGCACUGCUUUUGUCAAGUUUUCUACUCUUACAAAGGAACUGUCCACACUGCUGAAAAAUCUGCUGCAGGGUCUGAGCCACAAUGUGAUCUUCACCCUGGAUUCCUUGUUAAAAGGAGACCUCAAGGGAGUCAAAGGGGAUCUAAAGAAGCCAUUUGACAAAGCCUGGAAAGAUUAUGAGACAAAGUUUACAAAAAUUGAGAAGGAGAAAAGAGAGCAUGCAAAGCAGCAUGGGAUGAUCCGCACCGAGAUAACAGGAGCCGAGAUUGCAGAAGAAAUGGAGAAGGAAAGACGCCUCUUUCAGCUUCAGAUGUGUGAAUAUCUCAUUAAAGUUAAUGAAAUCAAGACCAAAAAGGGUGUGGACCUGCUGCAGAAUCUUAUAAAGUAUUAUCACGCACAGUGCAAUUUCUUUCAAGAUGGCUUGAAAACGGCUGAUAAAUUGAAACAAUACAUUGAAAAGCUGGCUGCUGAUUUGUAUAAUAUCAAACAGACCCAAGAUGAAGAAAAGAAACAGCUAACUGCACUCCGAGACUUAAUAAAAUCUUCUCUUCAACUUGAUCAGAAAGAAGUAGGUGGUUUAUAUGUUCCCAGCAGGGCUAACAGUGACUCCCAGAGCCGACAAGGCGGGUACAGUAUGCAUCAGCUACAGGGCAAUAAAGAAUAUGGCAGUGAAAAGAAGGGAUACCUGCUAAAGAAAAGUGAUGGGAUCCGAAAGGUGUGGCAGAGAAGGAAGUGUGCCGUGAAGAAUGGGAUUCUGACCAUUUCACACGCCACGUCUAACAGGCAGCCAGCUAAGUUGAACCUUCUCACCUGCCAGGUGAAACCGAAUGCUGAGGACAAGAAGUCUUUUGACCUCAUAUCACAUAAUAGGACAUAUCACUUUCAGGCAGAAGAUGAGCAAGAUUAUGUAGCAUGGAUAUCAGUAUUGACAAACAGCAAAGAAGAGGCUCUAACCAUGGCCUUUCGUGGUGAGCAGAGCACAGGGGAGAACAGCUUGGAAGACUUGACAAAAGCCAUCAUUGAAGAUGUCCAGCGGCUCCCUGGGAAUGACGUGUGCUGUGACUGUGGCUCAUCAGAACCCACAUGGCUUUCAACCAACUUGGGUAUUUUAACAUGUAUAGAAUGUUCUGGAAUCCAUAGGGAAAUGGGUGUUCACAUUUCUCGAAUUCAGUCUUUGGAACUAGACAAAUUAGGAACUUCUGAACUCUUGCUGGCCAAGAAUGUAGGAAACAAUAGUUUUAAUGAUAUUAUGGAAGCAAAUUUACCCAGCCCUUCACCAAAACCCACUCCUUCGAGUGAUAUGACCAUACGGAAAGAGUAUAUCACUGCGAAGUAUGUAGACCAUAGGUUCUCAAGGAAGACCUGUUCCUCCCCAACAGCUAAGCUGAAUGAGUUGCUGGAGGCCAUUAAGUCCAGGGAUUUACUUGCACUAGUUCAAGUCUAUGCAGAAGGGGUAGAGCUAAUGGAGCCACUGCUCGAGCCUGGACAGGAGCUCGGGGAGACAGCCCUCCACCUCGCCGUCCGAACUGCCGACCACACAUCUCUCCAUCUGGUUGACUUCCUUGUACAAAACUGUGGGAACCUGGAUAAGCAGACAUCCUUGGGGAACACAGCUCUGCACUACUGCAGCCUGUAUAACAAGCCUGAGUGUCUGAAGCUGCUUCUCAGGAGCAAGCCCACUGUGGACAUUGUUAACCAAGCUGGAGAAACUGCCUUGGAGAUAGCAAAGAGAUUAAAAGCUACCCAGUGUGAAGAUCUGCUUUCCCAGGCUAAAUCUGGCAAGUUCAACCCACACGUCCACGUAGAGUAUGAGUGGAAUCUUCGACAGGAGGAGAUGGAUGAAAGUGAUGAUGAUCUGGAUGACAAACCAAGCCCAAUCAAGAAGGAGCGCUCGCCCAGGCCCCAGAGCUUCUGCCACUCCUCCAGCAUCUCGCCCCAGGACAAGCUGUCACUGCCAGGGUUCGGCACACCUCGGGACAAGCAGCGGCUUUCCUAUGGAGCCUUCACCAACCAGAUCUUUGUGUCCACGAGCACAGACUCACCCACAUCACCUACUUCAGAGGCCCCCCCUCUGCCACCUAGGAACGCCGGGAAAGGUCCAACUGGCCCACCUUCAACACUCCCUCUAAGCACCCAGACCUCUAGUGGCAGCUCCACCCUCUCCAAGAAGAGACCUCCUCCCCCACCACCCGGACACAAGAGAACCCUGUCUGACCCUCCCAGCCCACUACCUCAUGGGCCCCCAAACAAAGGCGCAAUUCCUUGGGGUAAUGAUGUGGGUCCAGCGUCAUCUUCAAGUAAAGCUGCGAACAAGUUUGAGGGGCUGUCUCAGCAGUCAAGCACCAGUUCUGCAAAGACAGCCCUUGGCCCCAGAGUUCUUCCCAAACUACCUCAGAAAGUGGCACUAAGGAAAACAGAAACGAGCCAUCAUCUCUCCCUGGACAAAGCCAAUGUCCCACCUGAAAUUUUUCAGAAGUCAUCACAGUUGGCAGAGUUACCACAGAAGCCACCACCUGCAGACCUGCCCCCGAAGCCCACAGAACUGGCUCCCAAGCCCCAAAUUGGAGAUUUGCCACCUAAGCCCGGAGAACUGCCCCCCAAGCCACAGCUGGGCGACCUUCCACCGAAGCCCCAGCUCUCAGACUUACCUCCCAAACCACAGAUGAAGGACCUGCCCCCCAAACCACAGCUGGGAGACCUGCUGGCCAAGUCACAGCCAGGUGACAUCUCCCCCAAGACACAGCAGCCCUCAGAUGUCACUCAGAAGUCACACCCAGGGGAUCUGUCCCCGCAUAUGCAGUCCCGGGACGCCAUCCAGAAACAAGCAUCUGAAGACUCCAACGACCUCACACCCACUCUGCCAGAGACGCCCGUACCACUGCCCAGAAAGAUCAACACGGGGAAAAACAAAGUGAGGCGUGUGAAGACCAUUUAUGACUGCCAGGCAGACAACGACGACGAGCUCACGUUCAUCGAGGGGGAAGUGAUUGUUGUCACAGGGGAGGAGGACCAGGAGUGGUGGAUUGGGCACAUCGAAGGACAGCCUGAGAGGAAGGGAGUCUUUCCGGUGUCCUUCGUUCACAUCCUGUCUGACUAGCAAAAAAGCAGAACCUGAAGAUGGUCCACGUCCUUCAUGCAGACCUCUGCUUCCAUGUAGUCCUGUGUACAACGUGUAUAUAGCUGCUGUUACAGAACAGGAAGCUUGUGGGAGGGCCACUCAGGAGGGAACAUAGUGUGAGUUGUAAAUAUCCUGUGGUCCCUGCCUUCACCAGUAUUAGGGUAGCCUCGGGACCGGCACGCCUUACUGGUUUGCCAAAGCCAUCCUUGGCAUCUAGCACUUACAUCUUUCUCUCUCUAUGCCAUUCUACAAGCAAAGAAAGAAAGAAAGAAAGCAGGAAUGUGCGCUGGCUUCGCGAGUGCACGUGGUCUCCAGCACCUGUUAAGGGUCCUAACAAUGCAGUAUUCUCCAUGCUGUUACUGAAAAGACAGUGCUCGUAGAGGUGGGUUCUGGUGUCCAGCCUGUAGUCAUCGCUGUGCACCGUUUACAGCUACCAAACCCACUCUGGUAUUUAUUACAGAGAAGCCCUUCGUUAAGUGUAAGUGUUACUCCUUCAGCAAAAUACCCACUGACCCGCGCUCCUCAUGCCACUUCGCACAAGUGGAUUUCCGUGGUCUCCCAGUGACGAGUGCCCACCCUGGGAUAAUACCUCAUGAUGCAAAAACAUACCCUUCACGACUAUUUGGACAGAAGUUUAAAACCACGUCUGAUGAAGUUCAACUUUCAGGAACCAAGGACUGUCAGAAAACAUUAGCCUCUACAUUAUGCAUGCAUCUAGCUUUCCUGAGAUUCUGCCUUUUAUAAAGGAAUAAACAGUAUGGAUAAGAUGAACUGUACAUUUUUUAAACCUGAUUGCCAUUAAAGCAGAAAUUCUAAGGUUGCCACAAUUUUGUUUCCAGUCAGUCAUUUGGCCUUGUCCGGCUUACAUGUUGGCCUUUGAGUGAGUCAGCAGCCUGAAAAGGUGCUCAAGCAUCUGAAGUGGUCGCUUUUUAGAUGGUUUUUGUUCUUGGAUAAAUGUAAACUUAAACGAUUGUAUGAAGAAGUUCAAAAGCCAACCCUUCCAGCAUAGAAUCCAGGUGCUGAAACCAAGCGUUUGUUUCUCCAUUUUCUUCCUUAAUCCCCGUUAGUGAUGCUCUUCCUACCUUAAAGCGCUAGCCGGUGGGCUCGCCCGCUUCUAGUCCAUUCAUAUAACCAGGAUUUGGAACGCUGCUAUGAAUUGCACUGUGAAAAAGAUGUCUCCCUCCAAGGAGUGUGUGGGAUGUGUGUGUGUGGUGUGUCAGGUUAGGUUUUUGCUUCUGUGUUUUUUCAUGCCCGCCAUACUCAUCAGAGCAUUAAGAACAUUGCAAUGUCCAUCUUUUAUGUGAGUCUGCAUGUUGGAGAAAUGCGGUCCUUGUGCCCCUCAGCCAGUGGCGCUUUGGUGACUCAAGGGCUCCUGUGUUUCUUGGGUCUUGCAUUUGCAUAGACUGGUGGUGGCAACAGCACAGAAGACAAGUAUUUUUAAGCAGAGAAUCUAGACAAUGAAGGAGAAAUGUUCAUUUCACAGAAGCACAGUUGCCAACAGGACCCAUGCGGAAGCUUCCUCCCCAGUCAUGAGCACUCGGCAGGUAUUAAUCUAGUUCUGCUUCAUGUGGCCUCUCCAAAAACUGAGCAGCCAGGUAAAAAAAUACAGCUUGCGUGACGGGCCUAUUCCAUCCACGCUGGCGUCAGUGCAUGUGAGCAUGCCUGCAGCGAAGCCAGAGCCGAGCACCAGCCGCCUCGGGGUUGGAACCACACUAGGGUGCAGACAGGAGGUUGCGUCCGCUUUGCCCAGCGGCCCAGCAGAUUCAUUCCAGUGUUUUUAAAUUUUCCAUCAAAGGUCAUUGUUUUUUGUGGCCUAGACUCUUUUCAACUGAUGUGGAAAUAGCAUGGGUUUAAAGAAAACAAACCAAAACAUCAGAUCCCAAAUUCCACGCGCGCCCUCGAUUCUUGUCCCCUGUUGCUCCAGUCACACAGAUGCAACUUUCAUGCCUUUUUUUUCUGCUUCGGUGUGUGUUUUGCAUCAAGAAUUGUGUCUUUUUCUUUCUGUCUGUCUCUAAUCCAGCUUACUGUGGAACAUAGGAACGUAGGUCUUUGGCGAUCUUGUUGAGUCUGAAUCUGAUCCUGUUCUUUAACUCAGUGAGCCACUAUCUGCAGUUUUGUACAUGAUAUAGUAUUUUGAAGGUAUGGAACCUUAAGAAAAAAAAAUAGCCAAUUAGUUCUCCCCCUCCCCCUAGAAAUGGAAAGUUAUGUUUGGCAAAUAGUGUGUGUCUUAUUUUCCUGUUGAACAACAAUUGCUAUUUAUUUUUUUAUUGCCUAGAACUUCACCAUGUUGUAUAGAACCCCGUAGCUAGUUGAAUUCAUCAAGCAUCAGUACCUUUUUCAUUUCACAUGUAUUUAAUGUGACAGUUUUUCAGUACUGUAUGUGUUAAUUUCUACUUUUUUAAUAUUUAAAAUUGCUUUUAAAUAAACAUACUCUCAGUUGAUCCCAAA